GUUGAUAGAGGCUUCUUCGCCCCUCCUUCUCGUGUACUGGCACUGGAAGCUACACUUCUCAUCACCGCUUAUCUUUUCGAUGCGGAUCGAGGGAAGGGCAGACGCUCAACGACGAAUGCAAACGAAAUUAACCCAUGAGACUCUCAGCGCCUGAGCAUGAACAAGGGGAACGGCGCUUGUUUGUGGACCUCAGUGCCUCAGCACUGCCCUGCACCAUGUGAUCGUUACAAGCAUGCGUCUUGUGCCCACAGAGGCCAUGUUUACGUACUCGGUGGAAGAGAAAGACGCUUAUUGAGAGAUUUCUGGAAAUAUAACGUGGUCUGUGACAAGUGGGUCGAGCUUCCUUGUGAUGGUGAAGAAGCGCCUGAAGAACUGGAGGAGCACACAAUGGUAGCAUAUCAGGGACUUCUGUAUGUCUUCGGAGGAAUGCAAGAUUCAUCAUAUACCAACUCAAAAAUGCCUCUUUGGGUAUUCGAUACAGUAAAAGAAUGCUGGAUCAACUGGAAAACAAGGAGCGAAACUUUACAGGGAGUGACACCAGCAAACAGAAAAGGGCACAGUGCUGUCAUUUUUGGGUCAUCUAUGUACGUCUACGGUGGAUACAUUGAUAUACGAGGAUCAACAAAGGAAUUCUGGAAAUUUGAUUUUGAUUCCAGGCUGUGGUCACUGCAGAGCAGCGUACAAGGUGGGCCUGGUCCCAGACAUGGUCACUCAGCUAUGACAUACCAGGACUCUAUGUACCUUUACGGCGGCCUGCAGGGCCUGAGAGAACAGAAGGACCUGUGGAGCUGGAGUUCUGCCAGCCAAACCUGGAGCUGCAUCAACUUCCAUUCAGGUCCUUCUAGGCUGGUCGGUCACUCUGCCGUACCGUUUAAAGACAGCAUGCUCAUCUUCGGUGGUGGUGAAACCCAGAGCUCUCCUCAAAACGGCUUGUGGAGGUUCAACCUGACAACGAAAACCUGGAAGAAGCUGGCGUUAUUGCCUGGAUCUCCCUCUCUUUGCCGGAUCCAUCACUGCAGCAUUGGCAUAGGCCAGAGUUUCCAGCCAACAUCAGCGAACGGCAUUUAUUUAAGGAAAAUUACUACAUCUUACAACAUCAAUAACAAGCUAAGACCAUUUAAGAACAAGUGCCAACCAUCCCGCCCCAUUUUGCAAGAGCCCUGUAUUGAGCUCAAGACUUUCCACAUGGAUAAUAAGAAGCAUUUACCAGAUUUGAGUAUUGCAAUGAAAGACACAAAGAUGAAAGGAAGCUGUCUCACUUUUGAGAACCAGGAGGCUAUUAGCGAGAAGCAGAAUAGUGGCGACCUGGCUGAGGAAACGGAGGACGAUAUGUUUCUCCAUAUGCCUGACUUGCUGUUAGUGCUGGGUGGGAAACCUCUACAAGGACAGCAUGUGAUUUCUGUGUGGCAUAUGACAAUGGCAUAAAUCUGCUGUUUUUAGUGCAUUCUACUUUCUCUGUGAGAAAUUAAUGGGCCUUAGCAACAAACACCUAUAACACCUGUGGCAGAACAAAUUAAAUUCAGUCAUGCA